UAGUGGCUCGCUUUUCCACAGGAGAUGGGCUUGUGAGUUUGGCUUUUGCGGCUGUUCGACGACCGCGUAGAGCAGCCCCACCGAGGCAGCGCGCCCAAGAAGGCGCGCCCGAGGCACCCGAGCGUGUGUACCGCCAAAACAAGCAAAAACAAGGCAGCCCGAGAGACCAUGGACGGGCAGCCCAUCUACGACGCGUCGGAGGGCGAGGAGACGACCAGCCUGCUGCCCCACCAACAGCGGCGAGCGAGGCGCCUGCGCCCCGCCGUCGGCGCCGCCGUCGCCUGCGUCGCGGCCUUCGGCGCCGUCGCCGUCGUCACGAACGCCCGGACGACGGAGCUGCGCCGAAGCAACGACCCGGAGAUCGGGAACGUCGGGCGGCGGAGCGCGGCGAAGACGCCGACGAUCGUCAUCUCGCUGCUCGACGACCAGGGCUACGCCGACGUGCCGUGGCUCGCGCAGGACGCCGCGACGCAAUCCGCGAUGCCCUUCGCGGACGCGCUGCGCAAGGACGCGGGCGGCGUCGACGUGAAAAACUACCACACCUGGCGCGACUGCACGCCCUCGCGGGCCAUGCUUCUCACCGGAAGGCACCACGCCCAGCUGGGGAUGCACGUGCCGCUGCUGGCCGGCGCGACGGCCGCGCUCCCGACGGACGAGCAGACGAUCGGCGAGCUCCUCGAGAAGGCGCGGCCGGGCGCCUACCACAGGGCCAUCGUCGGCAAGUGGGACCUCGGCGCGGCUUCCCCCAAAUACGUCCCCACGGCGCGGGGCUUCGACGCCUUCACGGGCUUUUACAACGCGAUGAUCGACUACUUUGACUGGACGAUCGAAUCGGUGGCCAUGACCGACAUCGCCGGGACGAUCCUCGACGCGCAGCGCAACGACGGGCCGUCGCCCAAGGCGGCGGGCCAGUACACGACGCGGUUCCUGCGCGACGCGGCGCUCGGCGAGGUCGCCGCGGCCAAGACCGCGGGCAAGGCGCUGUUCUUGUACGCGGCCUGGAACGCGAUCCACUACGACGUGGCGAUCCCCGACGCGCACGCGCUGGGCCAGCCCGUCUACAUGAAGGCCGUGGGCCUCGGGCUGCCGCAGGAGCGGGCGCUGGCCCUGGCGGCGCUGCGCAUCGUCGACGCGGCGAACGAGUGGAUCUACUCGCGCUUGGACCGGGACAACACGAUCUGGAUCCAGACGAGCGACAACGGCGGCGAGCCCCACAAGGGCGCCUCGAACUACCCGCUGCGCGGCGGCAAGGGCUCGGGCUGGCAGGGCGGCACCCAGGUGCCGUGCUUCAUGUGGCUCGGGGCGAACCUGCGCGGCUCGCUCAAGUCCUACGAGGGCCUCGUCCACGUCACGGACUGGGUGCCGACGUUAAUAGGAGGCGCCCUGGGCGCGCCGGAGGCCCUCCCCGACGACCUCUACGGCCAGGACCUCUGGGAAUCUUUGAGAGGCAACAGCGAGAAGAAGCGCGAGGACAUCCUGCUCCUGGCCACGGCCGGCACGGGCGACGACGCGGGCGAGGCCAUGGUCUCGCUCCGAACGGACCGCUAUAAGGUGCUCAUCGGCCAGGCGCCGUGCGCCGUCGGGACGCCGUCGAGCGAAUACGCGGGCUGCGACUGCUCGGCCGACCGCACGACGGUCUGGGUCUCGGAUCUGUUGGAGGACCCGUCCGAGAGCACGAACCUGAACUGCGGCGACGCGCUGCCGGCGGACGUGCGCGCCGACCUCGCGGACCGCCUCGCCAAGAACUGGGACAUGCACGUCCAGCCGGCCCAGCGCCCCUGCUACGACGAGACGCGGGCCGCGACCUUCAUCGAGGCCGAGUGCUCGUACGACGACGUGCAGUACUACUGCCCCUGGCUCGCCGCGGACGUCGCCGACGCGCCGCGCUACGAGGCGGACGUGCCCAAAUCCACGCACUUCAACUGGCUCGCGCGGGCGCCCGACGUUUGUAUAAAGGACGCCGACAGCGCCCAGUUCGACGUGACCUGCGAGAACGCCUUCGUCCUCGACGAGCUCACGCUCACGACGGACCACAUGGAGGACUGCUCGGCUCUUCGCGGUUCGUAAGGGCACAUUUGUUUA